UGAGAUCACACAUGAGCCCGGAAACACAUCCUAAUGGAGAUGUUUGAAACAGAAGAGUGUCUUCAGUUACGCCACCAUACUAAAUAGUGGGUUGCAGCGGGUUAUUGUUGUACGGCGAUUUGCAGAGUGGUAUAGAACUGUACUUGAGCAUACGGAGAGAUGGAUUAGUUUAUAAUUAUUAAAGGCAAGGGCUACUACAAGACCACAUUCAUACAUAACAACCUAUAAAAACAUUGCCAUAUCUAAUCGGGAAUUUCCAGUGGUUUAUCGGUCAACGAAGCUAACGUCACUUUUUAAUCUAUCGGUCGCAGUGAGGGUUACUCUUUCACUGUGACAGAACAUCUUUGGCAGAGCGGGGAUUUCGCGGGAAGUAGUUGUAAAUGCGCAGUUUGAAAAAACAUUUGAUGAACACUUUUAACAUUUAAUUUAACUCUUGGUGUUUGAAGCAACCAUUUAAAGAGGACCAGAUAGGAUCAUCAUGUUCUCCGAUCUGAGCGCUCCAAGAGACGGCUCCUCUCUACUAUGCCGCCCAGCAGAGGACCAGGCCCCCGUGUUUGAGAGGUCUUCCCCGGCCUACAGCUCCCACUCUGAGCGCUUUGGAGUCGGGGAUCGCAGCUUCAAUCGCCAGUAUGCUCAUAUUUAUGCAGCACGACUCAUGCAGAUGACACCUUUGCUCACUGAAAAAGCCCAACAAAAGUGGGGAUCGGAUGUACUCGUCCGGAAACUGUGUGAUCUUCAGACAGGAGAACAGUGUUGCAUUGUGGGAACGUUGUUCAAGCGGAUGGACUUGCAGCCAUCCAUUCUAAAAGAGAUCAGUGAGGAGCACAACCUGCUGCCCCAUCCUCCCCGAGCUAAAUAUGUCAGUGACACUGACGAGCUGAUCCUGGAGGACGAGCUCCAGAGAAUCAAACUGGAAGGCAAAAUUGAGAGAGAUAAGUGUGUGACAGGUAGCGUCAUUGCAGUAUUUGGAGCAGAGAGAAAUGAUGGCAAGUUCACGGUGGAGGACUUCUGCACAGCUGAUCUUCCUUUGCAGACUGUAAGACCUGCUCUCAGCACAGAUAGAUUCGUGCUGCUGGUCUCAGGGCUCGGUCUCGGCAGUAGUCAUGCUGACAGCAUGCUAGGACUACAGCUGCUGGUUGACAUGGUAACGGGUCAGCUCGGUGACCAGGGGGAGCAGAGUGUGGCAGCAACAAUCUCAAGGGUGUUGAUGGCGGGAAACCUCCUAAGUGAAAGCACACAGGAUAAGGAUGCCUCAACCAAGGCCAAAUACCUGACAAAGAAGACUCAAGCUGGCAGUGUGGAGGCCAUCCGCUUGUUGGAUGAGCUGCUGCUACAGCUUGUGACAUCGGUCCCAGUGGAUGUGAUGCCCGGCCAGUGCGACCCCACCAACUACACGCUGCCUCAGCAGCCUCUGCACCGCUGCAUGUUCCCCUUGUCCUCAGUCUACCCCACACUGCAGCUGUCCUCUAACCCGUACCAGGCCACUGUGGAUGGAGUGAGGUUUCUGGGCACCUCGGGUCAGAAUGUCAGCGACAUUGAGCAGUACAGCAGCAUGAACAGUCACCUGGAGAUCCUGGAGGAAACACUGCGACUGCGCCACCUCGCUCCAACAGCACCGGAUACCCUCGGUUGUUACCCAUUUUAUAUGAAAGAUCCAUUCAUCUUGGAAGAGUGUCCCCAUGUUUACUUUAGUGGAAACGCCCCCGCCUUUGACUCAAAGCUUCUUACAGGUCCUGAUGGCCAAGAAGUCCUCUUGGUCACCGUCCCAAAGUUCAGCAGCACCCAAACAGCAUGCCUUGUCAACUUACGCACUCUUGCAUGUGAGCCAGUCAGUUUCUCUGCCUUUUCCGCUGGCGAUGACGAGGAGAGCGAGAUGAACAUCAGCCACUGAGGGUUCCGUAUACCAUAAGACCUUUUAAAAUUGGCAAGCAUAUUCAGUCGGUGAGACAGCAUUAUACAAGGUUUACUUGGUAAUAUGACAUCUGCAUCCUUUAAAGAUGCGUUAGAAGUGGCUGACAUUUGAAAAUAUAUUCCUUACACAUGCUGUAUGUAUGAGGAGCCGCUUUCAGACUUCAGUUAAUGUAAAGCACAGUAUUUUGUUUUGUGAAGACAGUGUAAAUAAUUACAUCUGGUGUAAAAACAAAUCUUUUUUUUAAUGUGCAUCUGCAAUAAAAUUCAUGUAUAAAAAGACUUAAUAUUGUGUCAGAGAGAUCCAGCAUGAACAAUCCAACUGAAAAAGAUGCUUAAUUUUCAGUGAAGAAUUUUCAAGUGUUACAGUAUACAAUUAUUAAAGUUAAAGAAAGUUACAGACGUGACUGAAAAUUGUUUUACAUUAGACACAAAAGCCAUGUUCAAACCAAGCAGUACAGUUUGUCACUUUGGGGCAGUACAAUCUUCUUUUUGCAUGUUCUUUGCAAAGAAUUGGUGAAGGGCAAGGUUGGAUACCAACAGAUGUGAUAUGGUGCGCUACAAUAAUGGUCGGUUAGACACUUAAUCGUAGCUAAAUAUAUAAAAAAUACUCUGGAAU